UUGAUCUAGUAAGAGCUCGUUUCCUACCGGCCAAAUCUCCUCUGAUCGCGUUCCAUCCUCUGUGCUUCAAUUUGCUAAAAGAGAAAAUCCCGUAGCCUGCCAUGAUGCCUCGACGUCGACGUAGUACUCUUCCCGUCUUUCGGGGCGACGCCAAAUACUUCUUCAAACGGCCGGUGCUCAACUGGCCUAGGUACAUCAUCACCGAGGUGUGCGGAAUGACCACCUUGAUCUGGACCAUGUCCACCCUCUGCUAUUACUUCGCCUACGACCUGCCACCCCAGUUCUCCGUCCACCUCACGACGAUCCCAGGCAACAUCACCACGACGGAGGCUCCGUUCGCGUCGUCCAUCAUCCCUCGCGCCUUCGACGCCGUCCUGCACGCCAGCAACCGCCGCGCUACGGGGCGGUGCUACCACCACGGAGAGGCCGUUGUGGCCUACGGCGGCUUCACCCUAGCGUCAGGCCGGACGCCCGACUUCUGCGUGCCGUGGAAAGGGGCGCGGGAGGUGCCCUUCAAGCUUUCGUGGGACUGGGACGACGGUGCUGGCCGCCUGCCCGAGCACCUGCGUAGCCGCAUCGCGGCGGCGGAAAGAGCCGGCGCCGUGGAGCUCGAGCUCCAGGUGAGAAUCCUCCAAGGAGACGACGACAGGCCGACGUGGAUGUGGUGCAAGGCGAGGAUGGAGGGAGCGCGUGGCGCCGUGACGCCGUGCACCGUGCUCGCUUCGCAGAACUGGUGGUCGCAUCUGGCCUAGCAGCUUGAG